ACGUAGUGUCGCGUGAGAUACUCGUUGCUAUUUUCGCAUUUUUCGGAUUAAAUCCGUAACUUUGUAACCAUGGCGGACACCACUGAAGCCGAGGGAGUUAAGAAGAAGCGUGCGUUCCGUAAAUUCACCUACCGCGGGGUGGAUUUGGACCAGCUGCUGGACAUGAAGCAGGAUUUGUUGAUGGAGCUGAUGCACAGCCGUGCCAAGCGGCGGCUGAACCGCGGCACUCGCCGUAAGCCGAUGGCUCUCGUCAAGAAGCUCCGCAAGGCCAAGAAGAAUGCUCCACCAAACGAGAAGCCAGCUAUCGUCAAGACCCAUCUGCGCAACAUGAUCAUCGUCCCGGAGAUGGUCGGAUCGAUCGUUGGUAUUUACAACGGUAAGACCUUCAACCAGGUGGAAGUCAAGCCUGAAAUGAUCGGUCACUAUCUUGGUGAGUUCUCGCUGACCUACAAACCCGUCAAGCACGGUAGGCCCGGUAUUGGUGCCACCCACAGCUCCCGUUUCAUUCCACUGAAGUAGGGCGGGCUGGAUCAGUGUUUAAUUAUCUUAUUUCUUGUAAGUAGAUCGAAGCGAAGGUGAUGAAAAUACAAAAAGGAUUGUAAACAAAGAA